ACAUUCUGUUUGACUGGAAACCUAUGAAUAGGGGACCAGAUCGGACAGAUAUCCAGUUCAGACAGAGAUUCAGUUACCACAGAGUUUCAGUUCAGACACACUUUCACUCAAUCCAAAGUUUGGUUCUGAGAGAAUUUACUUUUACAAUGGCAAGCGCUAAUAGUAAAAAACAAAGACAGGGGAGUAGACAGGCUGAAAUCCAGCAAGCAACAACGCUGGAAAAUAAGCAGUCUAACUCCAGGGAGGUUGAACCCCCAAUUAAUUUCUACCUCAGCUCACUGGAAGAAGAAAUCCAGUGUCAGCUGAAGGACGAAGAAGCGAGGCUCACCCAAACUAACACUCAGGGUCGAGUCCUCCUGGAUAUCCACGAAGACUCACUAGCCACUUUCUUGGAUGAGCUUCAAGAACACAAGGAUCUUAAACAUCAGACCUCCAACACCAAAGAUCUUCAAACCGAGUUAGAGCAGAUGAAAGCAGAGAACGAGGCCCUUCAAAAUGACUUGGAGGCAAAGAACAACGAGCUCCGUGCUUACAAGAGGCUGACUGCAGUGGCAAAAACCAACGUGGAGUUGGAGCUGGAGAGCUAUUUGGAAAUAGAGAGGGCUCAAACUCAGAAGCUACGCCAUGAGUUGACCAAGAUGGAAGAAACUCUCCUAAAACAGAAAGAAGAACAGAAAGUGGAGACUACAAGGUUUGCAGCAGCCCUGAAAAACACACAAGAUCGGCUGGAGACAGAACGUCAACGCUUUCAGGAAAAAGAAUCCAUCCUGCAAGAGACAGAGAACUUCACAGCCUGCUGUCUGGCUCAACGCAACGAGCAGACAGACAAGAACAGGAAGCUCAUGGCUGAAGCAGAGGCCAUGAAGUUGGAGCUUAGGUCUGCAAAGCACCUGCAGGCUGUGGCAAAAACCAACUUGGAGUUGGAAUUGGAGAGCAACCUGUGGUAUGAGAUGGCUCAGCUGCAAGCGGAAAAAGAAAAGAAUAAUCAUCUAAUGGCUUCACUCAAAGAGGCUGAGCAAGACAAGUCUUCUCUCGUUGCUCAGCUGGAAAAAUCCAAGGCCUCUCAUCUUUCCCAGCUAGAGAUACAAGCUGAAGAACACAAGAAGACGAGAGCAUCACAAAACAAAAUCAUUGUAGCUGCUCUUAACAAAGUCAAAGAGCAGCUGAAGAUUAGACAUCUCCAGUGGCAGGAGGACAGGUCUUCCCUCCUGGCACAGAUGAAAUUAUCCCAGGCCGACCAUCUCGCCCAGAUGGAGACGCAGGCCGACGAAAACAAGAACUCCAUGGCUGCACUGAAGAAAAAGCUAGAAGAUCAGCUUGAGAGUAGCCGUCUCCAAUGGCAGCAGGAGAAAACCUUCCUGCUAGAGGAGAAAAAAAAGUCCAGAGCAUCCUAUGUGUUUCAACUGGAAGAGAAAAAACGGGACAACAACACCAUUGUGGCUGCUCUUAAAGAGGCUGAGAAGCAGUUGAAGACUGGACAUCUCCAGUGGCAAGAGGACAAGUCUUUCCUCCAGGCACAGGUGGUAAUAACACAGGCCACCCAUCGUGCCCAGCUGGUGGUGCAAGCAGAAGAAAAUAAGAACCUCGUGGCUGCUCUGAAGCAGGCUGAGCAGCAGCUGGACAGUAAUCAUAUCCAGUGGAAGGAGGAGAAGUCUUCCCUCCUUCAGACCACAGAGGACCUAGAGCAGACGCUGCAGGAAAAGGAGCAGGAGUGGCAGCAGAACGAGAGCUUGAUGAGAACCCAGCUUGAAGAUCUAGAGAGCCAGAUCAACAAAAAGAAGACGAAGUGUGAUUGGAUCGAUUCACAUUCGAUCAACAUUUGUGCAGUGUUGGUAGCUGUUGCAUCAGAACGUGGAUCUAGUUGCCUGCCCUGAUUUGAGAAGUCACAUCGAAAGAAUCUAUGUAUACGAGAUUCUCUAAGAACUCAUAAAAAAUAAAUAAACAAAAAUCAACUGGAUUACACAAUGUUGAGC